CAAAGCACGCUGGGACCGCUUGGCUUGGUUUUGAAGCCGAGGAUGGCGGGAAUUCUUGACCCUGGCUAGAGUGAGCAGGAGAGGCGGUAAAGGGAAAGACAGACCCAGUGGCGGACCGGGCUCUGAUCAGGGUGGAAGGUUGAGCGGCCUCUUAACAGUCCCUUCCGUGUGCGAGGAAAUCCAGAGAGGGGAUCCAGAGGCGUGGCGCCGCGGUAGCGCGCAGGGACCGGGAGGAUAACUCAAUUACUGGUGCCUGGACAACUUCUCUAGGAAGGCCUUUGAAAAUCUGAGGAGGAGAUGGAGCUGGCAAAUACUUUAAAACAAGACGGCGAGUCUCGCGGAGGUGUUUUAGCUCACUUGGAAAGACUAGAGACUCAAGUGAGCAAAUCCCAUAAAAACUUGGAAGAGCCACAGGAUGCACAGGCUCUUGAAGCCAGGAUUCAUGAACUGGAACGUCUGCGGGAUAACCUGAGGGCUGAAGUGAAACAGCGUCAAGCCAGAGUUAAAGCAUCUACUGCCAGUGUCAAACCUGACCAAACAUUAGAGAUUAGUGAGCAAGAAAUUUUGGAGAGAAAACAGGAAAACGUGAAAGCCAUUCUGCAGGCAUAUCGUUUUACAGGGAUCAGCGGGAAGCUGACCAGCCGAGGAGUCUGUGUCUGCAUCAGCACUGCUUUCGAGGGGAACCUGCUGGAUUCCUACUUUGUGGACCUUGUCAUGGAGAAACCACUUUGGAUACAUCACCAUUCGGUUCCAGUCUUCAUUCCGCUAGAAGAGAUAUCUGCAAAAUACCUACAGACUAAUACUCAGCACUUCCUGUUUGUUCUCUGCGAAUACCUAAAUGCUUACUCGGGGAGGAAGUACCAGGCAGAUCGACUUCAGAGUGACUUUGCAGCCUUCCUUGUGGGGCCCUUGCAGAGGAACUCACUGUGCAACUUGCUGUCAUUUACUUACAAAGUGAAGCUGGAAGGUCAGUCCUUCCCCUUUUGUGCUAGACUGCUGUAUAAGGACCUCACAACAACCCUUCCAACCGACGUCACUGUUACUUCUCAAGGGAUGGAAGCAUUACCCAGUACGUGGGAAGAACAGCGAGCAGACCAUGAAAACCUGUUUUUUACAAAGCCCCUACAUCAGGUGUUUACUUCAUUUGCAAGAAAAGGAGAAAAGCUGGAUAUAAGCCUGCUCUCCUAGAAUAUUUUCUUUGGGAACACAUCAGAAGUAAAAGGAAAUAUUGCACUUUCUGCUCCCAUGACUAAGGUGACGGGUUCCAGAAGAACCUUUCAAGAUUAUCAGGAGAAGGGCCAUUUCACCUAACUCGGACCACAGACAAGCAGGUCUUCAGAGUGAAAAGCACUGCU